CGUCGGGACGAUUCGCGCGGGGGGAAAAAGAGCCCUCGUCCGACGCCUGUUGAUAAAGAAUCGACUCCAAAUUGAUCAACUCGUCCGUAAAUAAGAGCUCGGGGCGGGGAGAUUCGGUGGGGGUUCGGGAGCAUCUCCCAGGGCCGGUCGGUCUCUCGUCUCUCGCCGGGAGGACAAUCGUAAUCUGGCUCGCCCUUCGCGGAAGGGAAGAUAAUUUUUUCCCUCCCAAGUGUCGUCGCGGGGACACGCUCGGUCUCUGACAUGUAUACGUAAUUUAAUCCUUCGAAAUAACGUUCCACUGCAUUCGCUGGUAGAAAGCGUGGAGCGCCGAUGCCGUUCUGUUUCUCUCGUAGAAAUUGUUGUAUUGUUUCAGUUGACGACACCACAGGGCGCCGAGGCUGCCAGAUUAUUCCCCAUACAAUUCAGUACUCUGACAAUAUUACACACUUUGCACCUCACGACGUGCGACACAUGUCUCGGGUUAAUCGUUCAGUGCACCCUAACGUGUUACCGCGAGACGGAGAAUAAUUCCACGCCGCAUUCCAUGGGACGAAUUUCCGGAGCACGUGCGGGGGCGGCCACCGUUAACAAGUCUCGCCGUUUGUUACGCUUGUACAAUACUGCAAUUCAAAUUAAUCAUUGCGAGAGUAACACGAGUCCGACGGGGUUGACGAGUAUUACGGGCGUCGCGCAUCUUUCGGACGCGGGGGUGUCGAACUCGGAACGCCGGACUUACGUUGCUCUCGAAAUGAACAUCGACCACGUUAUAUCUUGGACAAAUUGCACCACGUUGCAGAACGUGGCGGAACGAGAGUGUUUAAGAAAAAAAGAAAGAGAGAGAGAGAGAAAGGAAGAAGAGGAAAGAAAGACUUAGUGUAUGCGUGUUGGAUCUUAAAGCGUCACCUCUGUCGAAACUCGGAAUAACGACUCACACGCUGCUCUCCAAUGUGAAAUUGAAUAAAAAUAGAACACUUGAUUUCGUGUACAUGAGCUCCCAUCAUUCAUACCACCCACGUAGAAUUACUACAAUGUACAUUCACUGUGAAUCCUCAAUGGCCUCCAUUUGUUUCGACACGUACAAGCGCCGCACACGUAUGCACACUUUGUUAAUACAACGCCAAUACGAACGAGACUCGAACAAUCCAGCCGCCUGUGGCGACUCUUUGUUUACGAAACCAUUUCCGACGCGCGUUCGUCUUGUCGCGUAUUUUAGGUCGCUGCGCGGGCCAGUUUUCCGGGGCUGUUUUUCGGCUCGCGAAACGCGCCCGCGGAAUCAAACGGGAAAACGUGCGAUAAAUGCCGAUGUAAACUCAAUUCGGCCUGAUUUAUUCGGGCCGUAAAGCACCGGCGUGGCGGUUAAUGCGCGAAUCUAUUACGGAUUAAAGUGCGUUUAUGAAGGUAAACCGGAAAUCGAUAGCGCAGCAAUCGUAAUUUUUGUCACGCGCCGCGGAACAAAGCAAAGUGGUGGUGUUUGUAGCGGCCGAACGAACGAUUCCCGUUUCUGAUGCCGGAUCGAUAAUGCGUUACUACGCGAUAAUGCACGCGGUACGCGCAUAAGAACGCUUUGUCAAACGUUUUGCACACGGUAGGGAACUUGGCGCGAGUCAGUUACCGCGAAACUAGAACUACGCUCGCGCGCCCGACGUGGAGGGUAAUGUCAAAGGAAAUGCUCGACAUUGCUGCUCCUCGAAAUUUCGACGGACAAAAGCUCGCGACAAUGGUCCGCCGCUAUCUUAAUCGUUAAUCGCGGAAUUCCGGCUUCGCAAAAUUUCACCGGCCCUUAACAAUGGUUAGCUCGCGAUUCGGUUAUUAUCCCGAAUCUCGCAAUAAGACGGGAAUAAUUCCGCGAUUUCAUGGGAUCUGUUCAAAACUGCUAGAGUUUGACAGAUGCGAUUAAGAAGUUCCCCCCAAACCUUUUGCACUGAUAUCAUAUCAAAUUAAAGUUGCUGAAAUUUCCUCUGGAAAUAUUUAACUAUUAUACGUGAUAAACGAGAGUGGAAAAUAGAGAGAGAUUUACUAUAUGGUACGUCGCGUUUAAAUAUACUCGCUUCGUUUUCGAGCGCGCGACAACAGAAAAUUAUGAAUAUCUUAUACUAAAUAAAUUUUUAACGACGCGAGGAGACAUAAAAUAACAAGUGUAGCGGUAUUCCUAAUCCGAUGUUAAAUUUGCGAUGGUCUAAAGACUCUAAAGUGACAUUAGACAGUCGGCUGGAACCUCAAGAUUCCAACCAAUGAAUAUAACAUCUCGAGAUCGUAUUGAAUACGAUCUUAAGAGAACUAGCAAAGGAGUUGAAAUGGCUUAUUCGUAAUUUCUUUAAAAAUUACUCAAAUUUAUGCCGGUACAGUCUCUAAGAUUUUCCAUUGUCGCAAUAUGUAAUUGAUUAUAUGUAUAUGUACGUAUAUUGGGUUGCCCACAAGUUUCUUUCGUUCUUUUGCGAAAAUCUUUACUUACAAAAUUCCCAAAGCUUAUUGUAAGCGAUCGAUCUCUUUCGCAAGGUCGUGUCUCAAUUUACACAAUUUCCGGUUUUUCUGUUUAAACGCUCAUUCUGGCCCUAAAUGAGCGUUUAAGCAGAAAAACCGGAAAUUGCGUGAAAUACGACCCUGCGAAAGAGAUCAGUCGACAUAUCCUGUUCUGUUCGAUAUCUUCUCCCGUAUCUCCAGAAACCUUGUAAUGUCAUCUUUUUAGUUUUCGAUUUGUCGGGAAAUGCUCGUCGAGGUGAUUCUUUGUGUCAUUCAUUUUAACGAAUUUCUUUUUAAUGAAAGGAAUAGAUAAUCGGAUGGAGCCAGAGGGUGGGGCAGAACGUCCCAAUCAGACGCAAGGAGUUUAUUUCUAACGACCAAGGAUACGUGUAGCCUGGCGUUGUCACGAUGGAAAAUAACGUCUCGUCUGUUGACGGGUCGCUGGCAGAUCAUAUGAACGUGCAAUUGAUAGCGCCGCAGUACGUAACGCUGGGCAGUACGGCCACCUUGGUCUGCAACCACACUGUCGCGGACAACUUGCUGCACAAAAUAGAGUUUGUGAAGGACGAGAAGAGGAUAUUUCAGUACGUUAAGGAGAGAAAUCCGCCGUAUAUCUCACCGUCGUACACGGAGGGCGCCAAACUGGAGUACUCGAAGAAUGGCACGACAAUCAAACUGCACAAUGUGCGUUACGAAGCUUCCGGUGAUUAUAGCUGUGAAGUUACUAUGACGACACCCAUUUAUACUGCUGGCGCUGAUCCCGUACAGAUAAAAGUAAUAUUUCCACAGAGGGAAGAUCCUAAUAUUAGGUUCCAGAAGAGUGUAUACGUGGUAGGUGAGAGCCUGGAGGCGAAUUGUACGUCCUCGCCGGCACGUCCAGUUCCUUAUAUAACGUGGUUCAUAAAUGGAGAAGAGGUGGAUAUUGCUCUCGUGACUCACUAUCCGCAUACACAUCAUAAGAAUCAUCUGAUGUCCGCCACCGCCAAGCUGACGGUGGAAGUUUCCGAGUUGCACGCCGGCCAAAAUGGACUUCUGGAAAUCAGCUGUCGGGCAACGAUACCCGAUUUUCCCGGAAAGCACGAGCAAUUUGCCGAUAUCAAGAGAAAGGUGGUGUCGGUGCAAAUCAUACCAGCGCCGGAUGUGACGUCUUCCGCGGCGAUUCUCAUACGAGAACUAACGCUACCUACAAUGCUGUGCAUACUGAGCGCGAUGCACAAGUUCAUUCCUUAAUAAAAGUCAAUUGCUGUAGGAUAAUUCGGCUGUAACAUAUCUAAUCGUAAGGAUAUUAAGGCGAUGAACGUAAGAUCGAACAAUCACAAUGUCUUCCUUCGAUAUAUCGAAAUACACGGGGGCAGCGGUUUUAUUGUCUUUGCAGAAGUUUUGUAAACUCAUAGACGCGGCUUCUUCGUGCGCAAACUAUUUUCGAUUAUUGCUUAUAACGAGCGUCGUCUGUCUCGCGAAACAUAUCAAUCCCAUUAUAACGAGAAACAAUGUCCGAAUAUUCGGCAAGGUGUGUGUCGGAAAGCUAUGUCUCUUCCUUCGAUGCUGUUCGAAUCUAUUUAUCAUAGAAUUUAUUACAACAUUUAAUUUUAAGAAUUUUUUUUCUCGAAAUUAAAGGAGAACAUGAGAAGAGAAGCAACCGGAAAAUAAUUUUGUUCUAUAGCAAGUUACCUUCGAUACGUAAUGGACAAUGUAUAAUAUAUACUCGUAUUGUUGAAUUAGUUAACGUAUCUUUGAAAGAGAAACAGAGUUUAUUACAGUUUAAAGUGAGACGUCUUUAUUGUUAAACGUAUAAAAAUUGGAUCUAUAUUAAUGUUAUCGAAAUAUACAUAUCACGUAUGAUCAAUACGUUAACUGUAAUAUUUUAUUUUUGAAAAAUGAUAUGGUUUUCCGAUACGACUUUUAUUAAUAUAUAACAUUUCAUCUAAUCUCGCCUCGCCGCUGGGGAAAUAGAAUGUUUUUUAAGCUGGCAGAUAUGUUCUUGUUACUGCGCGCACAUUUUUAUAAAAACCAUGCAAGAAACAUUCGCGAUCGUUAAAAAAAACGCUUUAAUGUCAGUCAAAUCGAAUUUAAUAGAUUUUUCCCUUACGGGAUGAUAUUCUAUUUUUCAAUAGCAAUUUUCCAUUUCGCAUUGAUGGACUUUUUUCUACAACAUCUUGACAUCAUUCAACCUAUUUUGCAACCAAAAAAAAGAUAUAGACAAGUUGGAUUUAAUUCGCAAUAGGUGCAAAGUAACCUUCUUUUACAUUUUACGCCCCGUUUCAUGAUGUUUCGUGAUAACACACAGCUGAUGAGAUCAAUUUUCCGACAAUAAUCUAGAGGAGCGACAAUUUUCCCGCGUAUAAUAGGACAUAGAUGUUAGAGCAAACGUUCACCGUCACAUUUCACCGUAAUUCGGAGCUUAGUGCUCCGUAGAAAACAUAUUGGGUCGUCCCACGAGUAACGCGGUUUUUAGAGACUUUCUUGAAAGGAAAUAAAAAAGUGCGACACUUUUAUUUCUAACGUAUUGCCCAUUGUUAUUCGUAACUUUUUCCCAUCUUAAUCCUAAAUGUUCAAAUCCCCGGCGCGGAAAGUCUCUCGGUUCCAAAAAAAAAAAAGAAACAAAUCAAGAUCCCUUUUAUACCGCAUUAUUUAUGGAAUGACCCAAUAUUAUGACACAAGAAAUUCGAAGCAAGAAUGGCGUAAAUUAAAUACGACGACACGUGGAGGUAUUCGGAUGUUUGCGCGUAUCGAAAUAUCUCCGAGCUGUCUUCUAUUUGCCGUUAAUUAAAUUGCUAUUUAUUGCAAGUACCAAGAGGGCGACUGCUUACGCCAUUUUCGCUUUCGAUUCUUGAUCUACAUUUCACGUGCUAUAACGAACUGAGGGAUAUCGAUGAAACGGGAUGUACGACUUACAAUCAGUAUUAUAUUACAACUUCCUUGAGCGUAUUUUAAAGAGGCAAGCUUAAAAAACACCGCGACAGCGGCUAGGCAUUUAGAGAACUGCGAGAAACUAGAGAUAACUAGAGACACCCGAGUCAGAGUCUGAUCAAUAAUACCUCUGAUCGCUUACCAUUACGUAUACAAUAACUAAACGAUUAAAGCAUGGGAUUUCCUUGCUCCGAGCUCACCUGACGUACAAUCUGGUCUUUUAUUACCUUAUCCCCUCGCAAUUGGAGGGAUAAUGCACUGUAUUGAUCUUAUUGAGAUCGAUCGAGAGACUGAUAAGCCGAUUCGAUCAAGCUCUGACUCAACCAUCUAGUAGAAGUAGCGAUUACGGCCGUCGUGCUUGCGGCCAACUUUUUGGAACACUAUUGGGCGCGUUUACCCGUCGAUACGACGUGACUUUGACGGGACUUAAAAGACUUGAUGCGAUACCAUCGCACCGACACGGUUCUCCACGACCAGGCGCCUGGGAUUAUCUCCUGUCUGUACGUUGAC